AUGUCAGCUGUCAAUGACACCACUUUCACCUAUGCAGUGUUCCUGCUCACCGGGUUACCUGGGCAGGAAGAUGUCUAUCAGUGGAUCUCUGUCCCUUUCUGCUUCAUGUAUUUUAUUUCAAUAGUAGGCAAUUCAGUCAUUCUGUUCAUUAUAAAAACAGACCCAAACCUCCAUGAGCCCAUGUACAUUUUCCUUUCCAUGUUGACCCUCACAGACCUUGGCUUAUCAAUAGCCACCAUACCAACAAUCCUAGGCGUAUAUUUGUUUAACUCUAGGGAGAUCAGUUUCCAUGCCUGUUUUGCUCAGCUGUUCUUCCUCCACUCAUUUCAGUGUAUUGAAUCCUCUAUGCUUUUGGUGAUGGCCUUUGAUCGCUAUAUCGCGAUCUGCAACCCGCUGAGAUAUGCCUCCAUCUUAAACCUGCCGAGAACAUUAAAAAUGGGACUGGUGUGUGUGCUAAGAGGGAUGGGCCUAUUAUUCCCAAUCCCGGUUCUCCUGAACCGGUUCCAAUACUGUCGAGCCAACGUACUCUCCCAUUCCUACUGCAUGCACCAGGAUGUCAUGAAGUUGGCUUGUGCAGACAUCACAGUCAACAACAUCUAUGGCUUGACCAUUAAAAUCUUAACGAUGGGGUUGGAUUCACUGAUCAUUUUCCUCUCUUAUGUGAUGAUCCUCAAAACAGUGCUGAAUAUCACGUCCCGCAUGAAGAGCCUCAAGGCUGUGAAUACCUGUGGCUCCCACCUGUGUGCCGUCCUGCUCUUCUACACACCAGAGCUUGGACUGACUGUGAUACACAGAUUCUGUAAGGACUCUUCCCCUUUGCUUCAGAUUCUCCUGGGCUACAUCUCGCUGCUGGUCCCACCGCUGAUGAACCCAAUCGUGUACAGCGUGAAAAGCAAACACCUUCGUGCGAGGAUAAACAAGGUGUUUGUCAAAUGA